AUGUCCGCCCGCCAGCGUGUUGAGCAGGCGCCGAAGAAGGUCACCGUCGACGCGGGCGAGCUCCCUGUCGACCGCAAGUUUGUCGUGCCCAACUUCACGAACAAGCAGCUGCUCGACGCCAUCCCCCUCACGCUGGUCCAGGAUGUCGCCAUCGUCGGCGCGCUCGCGUACGGUGCCUACCACAUCGAGGACGCCCUGAGCUACCUGCAGCUCGACGAGCUGCCGACGAAGGCGCUGCGUGUGGCCCUCUGGACCGCGUACUGCAUCGUGGUCUCCUUCUGGGGCACCGGACUUUGGGUUGUCGGUCACGAGUGCGGCCACCAGGCAUUCUCGACCAGCAAGACGAUCAACAACGCCGUUGGCUGGGUUGUGCACUCGUGUCUCCUUGUCCCGUACCAUGCGUGGCGCAUCUCGCACGGCCGCCACCAUGCCGCGACCGGCAGUCUGACGCGCGACGAGGUGUUCGUCCCCCGCACGCGCAAGGAGCGUGGCCUUCCCGAGGCCCAAAACGAGGACGAGGUCAUCGGCAUCAACGUUCCCGAGGAGUCGCAGUCGCUACUCGCCGAGGCGCUCGACCACGUUCCCAUUGCCGUCUUCUGGAUGUCCAUGUACCAGCUCCUCGGCUUCCCGCUGUACCUCAUCAUGAACGCGGCCGGUCAGAAGCGCUACCCCAAGACGACGAACCACUUCACGCCCUCGUCGGUCAUCUUCCGCUCGAGCCACAAGUGGCAGAUCCUUUGGUCCGACCUCGGCAUUGCGCUCGUUCUCGCGGGCUGCGCCUACUGGUCCGUCAAACGCAGCUUCACCGAGAUGGCUCUCGUGUACGGCAUCCCGUACCUGCUCGUCAACUUCUGGAUCGUCAUGAUCACGUACCUACAGCACACCGACCCCACGAUCCCCCACUACUCGGACGCGCUUUGGACCUUCCCGCGCGGCGCGCUGUGCACGAUCGACCGCACGUUCCUCGGCCCCAUCGGCGCCUGGGCCGUUCACGGCCUGUGCGAGACGCAUGUGCUGCACCACGUCUGCUCCAAGAUCCCCCACUACCACGCCUGGGAGGCGACCGAGGCCCUCAAGGCCUUCAUCGGCGAGCACUACCAGCGCUCAGAGGAGAACAUGCUCGUGUCGCUUUGGAAGAGCCACCGCCAGUGCCAGUUCAUCGAGGACGGAGCCGACAUUGCCUUCUACAAGAACGCGCGCGGACAGGCGCAGCGUUGGGGUGUUGUGGCGCCGCCCGAGGACUCGGGUAUCGAGCUCUCCAGCUAG